AUGUCCGACUUAACUAUCGAUCCUACAUCUCCAAUCAAGGGCAAGUCUUCCCCCAGGAAGUACCGAAAAGUACGAAGCAUUGGAACAGCCAGCAUCGAUAUAUCUCCCACUCAACGCGAACUCCUCAAUCUCCCAUCACCGUAUCACGAUGACACUCCCGCCACCAUUGCAGGCCCAGCAGGAAACGAUCCUACGAUCCCAUCCAUACUUUCCUCUUCAACACCAGCACAGAAUGUGGACAAGCACCCCAAGCUCACAAACCUCACUCGAACCAUCACCUCAUUCUUCAAUCGCACACUCUACUCAAAACUAACACAAAACGAGACCGACAUUGAAAACAACCCUGGACUCACCCAAGGAGACAAAGACAACAGCACCUAUCACUCCGACUCUUCCUCAUCCACCACAACACCCACCUCCCACAAAACCAACAAGAAACCCAAGAAACGCACCCAUCACAAACCCCACUGGUCCGACUACGAAGAGACCCCCUCAGACAGAUGGUCCGCGGUAAUCUUCCUCCUGCUUCUCCUCUCCAUCCUCUUCAACCUCUUCCUCGUCUUCAACGGACCCCCCAACGGCAUCCCGCGGCACCCGAAACCAAAAGACAACCCCCUACCCCACGCGGGAUUCCACUUCAAAGAGCGCGGAAAGAACUACACGUGCUACGAGACGCAGACGACGACAUUCGAGGCGAACUACGAGUACUCGAACACGUUCAAUGCGUACGACCACCUGUGGCGCGAGCUACAGGGUAAGAGCCACGGCACCGUGUACACGAGCAUCAAUCGGCCGGAUGGGGAGGUGAGGAGGGCGGGACUGGCAAUGUUUCAUCAGUUGGACUGUCUGGCCAAGAUUAGGGCUGUGGUGCAGGGGCUACAGAAUGGGGGGACGGAUACGGAGGAUGUCGGGGAGCAUCAUGGGUAUUGGCCACAUUGCUUUGAUUACUUGAGGCGGGUUAUUGAGUGUAAUGCGGAUGAUAGUUUGGAGGUGAGUAGGGUUGUCGGUGGGAGAUGGGUUGUUGAGGGGUUUGGGAGUAUGAAGGAGUGUAGGGAUAACAAGUGGCUGUAUGAUGUAACGGAUUGUGGGGAGAAGGGAUGUGAAGGGAAAGCAUUCUAUCAUUCUGAAGAAGAGCUGCGUAAGAUCCAUAAGACGGAGGAGGAAGAGGUCGAGAAGGCGAGAAAGCACGAUUAGGUAGUUGACACAUUGCGUGAACUGAUCAAAUUUUAUUCAUUGGGACAUUAUUCCACAUGUAUGCCAUCAUCCUCCUCUUCGAUCAAUCUUCGCUCAAGACUACACCUCAACACCCUCUUCGUUUUCCCAACCUCGAACCCCUUCAACCGAUCAUCCUCCCUAUCCCAAUAAACAGCCCACCCAUAACCCCCCUUCUCUUCCUCAACGGCUACAAGACUUUCCUCCCCAUCCAAAACAAGCCCUUGCUCGUCGUCCUCCGUCCAAUCCCAAGGUCCAAUGAAGUGAUCUCGCGCCACUGCCCUGGGCCCAUACUUCAGCUCCCUCGUAUUCUUAUCUGCAUAUAUCCAGUUGAGUUUGUGUUUCGCUGCUCUUGAACUGCGCUUUCCUUUGCCCUUGGAUUUCGACUUUGGAGAUGAAGAAGAGGGAUCGGGUGGAAUGGUGCUCACGAGACCUAGGAUCCUAGGCGCCGGGAU